CCCUCCCCCUUCUAGCCGGUUUCCAGUCAGCCGCGCGCGGAUUGAGUCAAGUGAGCCUACCGAAAGGUGGUGUUGACCGACCGCAGCAGGUUUUCUCCGAGAAACCUGAACAAUUUCAACCUUCUGAGGCGACUGACAGUAACGUCAAGCCCUUAGUUUGUAACGGAAGAGCCAGCGGUGCCGAAGUUGAGGCGACAGGACAGAGGGAAGAAAGUAAAUCCCGGAGGGAAAGCGUCCGAAGUGAGCCUGAGGAUCAAAGCUAAUGCUAAUUUAGCCUGCUAAAUAAUUACAUGGAAGCUGUUGGUUUUUUUAAGUAGUUGUUUGUUUUUUACGUAACUCAAGGGGUUACAAAAUAGUUGGUAACUGAGAGGUUUAAUUUAUAUGCUAUAAUAAAUUUUAUUUCCAACGAGGUUUGCCUUAACACUGUAGGCCACAAGCGACUGGUGUUGAGUAGCUACAGUGGCCGGGGUGUUUUUUUGAGGUUACCCCGGUUCUUCUCUCUGUAGGGCAGGUGAUUUUGCUAAAGGUAGUUUGGCUUUACACCAGCUUCUUUUCGGGAGAUUUCAGUUUUAUUAAGUUAGCUCAAGCUUGGUACUGUCUAAGGCUUGUGCUUCGCAAUGCUGAAACCCCAGCAGCAAUCCGGCUCAGGCGGGAGAAAGGCGACUAACGGAACAUCAGGGCCCGGCGGUAUGUCUUCCCCAGUCAGCGGCAUCAACAGCGGCGGCCGGACACCGGCUGGAAGGAAUCGUUCCUCUGCAAAGCCGUCGUUUCAGUCCUCUCCUGUGUUUGAGGGUGUGUACAACAACGCCAGAAUGCUUCACUUCCUCACAGCUGUAGUGGGUUCCACCUGUGAAUUAAGAGUGAAGAAUGGCAGCAUGUUCGAAGGCAUUUUCAAGACACUCAGUUCUCGGUGUGAGCUGGCUGUGGACGCUGUACACAAACGCAGCGAGGAAGAGGGUUCGUCAUCGGCUCCGCCACGCAGUGAGGACAUCACCGACACAAUGAUCUUCAGCCCAACAGAUCUGGUUACAAUGAUCUGCAGAGAUGUUGACCUCAACUACGCUACCAGAGACACCUUCACAGACACAGCCAUCAGCUCCAGUCGCAUUAACGGAGAGCAUAAGGAGAAGGUUCUACAGAAAUGGGAGGGAGGAGACAGCAACGGAGAAAGCUACGAUCUUGAGAACGAUGCAGUAAGUCAGGCCAAUGGCUGGGAUGCAAACGAGAUGUUUCGCUACAAUGAAGUAAAAUAUGGAGUCACAUCUACAUAUGAUUCCAGUCUCUCCAUGUAUACCGUCCCGUUGGAGCGGGGCAACUCCGAGGUUUAUCGGCAGAGGGAGGCGCGCGCCGCCCGCCUGGCCAGCGAGAUCGAAUCCAGCCCCCAGUACCGCCAUCGCGUCGGCUUGGAAAACGACGAGGGCAAAUCCGAGGAGGAGAAGUACAGCUCCGUGGUGCGGGACGGCAGCGAUCGCGAGAAAGGUCGCGAAAGCCCCCGAGACAGAGGCAGCGAAAAAGGCAGAGACAGUCCUGGAGCAAGCAGCAGAGAGGGAAAGUACAUUCCACUACCUCAACGUCAGAGAGAGUUGAACCGAGAGCGAGCCGAGAGAGGUCCCGGUGGCCCGCCACCACACGGUCGACUUGGCGGAGGGUACCGGCCCACUCCUUCAUCCUCGUCUUCGCCGAGACCCCAGCUCCCCUCGGCUGCUGGACCCCAACCCGGAGUCUCUCCCUCGGAGAGAAGCAGCCCCCAGUCGAGUCGAGUCGGCGCAUACGCCGCCCACCAUACACAGGGAAGUCCGAGUCCAGGUUCCGGUCCGGCGAGCCCGUACACGCCUGCCUCUCCUGGUGGGUCAGCAGCCACUCCAACCUCUGCUUCUACAGCCACGUCUCCAUCCAGCCCCCCGAACCCCCACGGACAUCCUGUUCCUCACUCCCACUCACAUCCGCUGUCUCUGUCUGAUGCUGGCAGGCCUGUUAAUGGAGUUUCUGCUGGAACAUCUCCUAAAGCCCAAAGACCUUCACAGCCGAGUCGGACAAAUCGCGUUCCAAACCCACUUUCACAGUCCACGGCCACUCGUUCUCCUAAACCAGCCUCUUCCCAGGACCCGCCUUUCGUAGACGUCUCUGUGUCCGCCCAGAAGACGUCUGGCCCCGCCCCUCUCUUCACUGUAGAUGUGAAUGAGAUCCUUGGUGCAGCUGCUAAAGAGCGCUCUGCUGAAAGCCCUGGCAGCACAGAGGAUGGCAAAAGCAGCAAAGCUCCUUCGGUUCAGCAGAGGUCACAACUGGAAGAGCUGCGGAAAUUCGGCAAAGAAUUCAGGCUCCAGCCCAGUGGAGCCGGCUCCAGCUCUCCCAGCUCUCCGGCAGCAGCGAUGCCUCCUUCGGUCGGUGAGGUGACCCAGUCAGGUGCAGCCAAGCCUCCGUCAGACACCCACCCGCCCUCAGAGCCCAAACCUCAGCCUCCAGCUCCCAGUCCUUCCCAGACCCAACCCCAGCAUUCACCAGCUCCCUCUGAAGAGCCCACCAAGGACGCCACGACGCCACUGGGCACCGCUGCUGCUACCACAGCUCCCAUUCCAGACAGGCAAUCACCAGCAACCCCUCAGCCGGCCAGGACCCCGGGAACAGAGGAUGCUAGGUCUGAGACAGGAGAGCGUACUGAUGGUGUGGCAGAUCAAGUGAAGAAGUCAACUUUAAAUCCAAAUGCUAAAGAGUUCAACCCAAACAAAACUCAGAUGCCCAUGACAAAACCCAACACUGCACCAACCCCGCCUCGUCCAACUCCUCCAAGCCCCGUGGUCCUGCAGCAUCCUGGUGGGCAGGGACCGCUCUACAAUACUCCCUACCUCUCCUACGUUUCACAGAUACACCCUGUACAGGCUCCACCAAUGUACCAGUACCCAAUGUCAACAGUUAACCAAGGAAAAUACCCCAGGGGCAAAGUGCCGACGCGGCCCGAAACAUCACAAAUGCUGCAAGCUGCUGCAUCAGCAGCUGGAGCUCCUCUGGUGGCGUCUCCGUACCCUCAGUCGUACCUUCAGUACAACCCGCAGCAGUACAGCCAGCAGCAGGUCAUCCAGGCCAUGACGCCAUACCCUGGACAGCCCAUGUACUCCAUGCUGCAGGGCGGAGCGAGGAUGAUAAGUCAGGGCAGCGGCCACCACCCCCAAGCCCUCGGCCCCCCCGGAGGGCCGCAGUUCCCUGCACAGGGAGAGGGGCCCCAGGGGCCGCAGCAGGGCAUCUACGCGCCGCAGUCCUUCACCCAUCACUCUGGCGCCGUCCAUCAGCCGCAGCCUUCCAGCACCCCGACCGGCAACCAGCCGCCCCCGCAGCACGCUGCUCCCAGCCCUGGGCAGAACGCCCAGUCCGGCCCGCAGCCUCAGUCCUUGUACCACUCAGGUCCGCUGUCGGCUCCCACUCCGCCCAACAUGCCGCCGGGCCACACGUCCCCGCAGGGCUCCUACCCCAUUCAGGGCUACAGCAUCCACAGCCACCAGGCCCUCCCGCCUGCCUACACUCUGGGCCAGCUGACGCAGGCUCACGUUCAAGGAGCGAUGCCGGGACCUCACCACUCAGGCAGCCACGGCCAGCCGCAGCUAGUAAUGCUGCAGACGGCUCAGCAGGGACCGGGCGGCGUGCCGCAGCACCCGCAGCACGGGCCGCAGCAAGGACCGCACCAGCACUUUUACAUAGGACACCCACAAGCGAUGCAGGUACAAACACACCCUGCCUCCUUCCAUCCACCUGGAAACUAAACGCCUCCGUCCCGUCCUCCAUGACGUCCUGGUCCCCCUCUCCCACUUCCUGCUGGACCUGCGGUCCAGGACAGAACAACCCAGAACUGACAGAAUCACACAGAGGAGAGACGACGACACAAAUUUCUCACGGCACCUUACUCUUCUGCUGUGAUGUUGCUCAUCGGCGAGAACGUCUGCCCAGUCUAGGACAUUUUUAUUACUGAUGAAGAUGAGAGGACAGCCGCAGCUCUUCCCUCCACCUUCUGCCCCGCUUUUUGUUUUGUUUUUGUUAUCCUGGACCGGGGAGAGAAUCAGAAACAGGCGGGGGCAGCGGCAGCAGAUGUUUUUUCUCUUCCAGAAAUGUUUUUAAGCCUUGUGAGGUUUUGUAUUUACCACAACACAAACGGGAAACGGACUGACGUAAAAGAUUGAGAGCGUGACAGAGGAGGGAGGCGAAGACGUGAGGGGACUUUUAGCAAAAAAAUUUUUAAAACUCAAUCUAGUAGUGAAAAUCUGCCCCCUUUGCCCUUCUUCUCUCCUGUAGGAAAAUAUAAUUAAUAAAAAAAAAUGGACAAGACAAAAAAAAGUUUAAAAACAAUGACUAAAAAAUAAAGUUCUCUACUCAACUAC